AUGUAUAAAUCUCAAUCCAAACAUCACUCUAUUAAUAAUAAUCCUCACAGUCAAUUCUCCAUCACUACCCCUUUAAAUGACUUAUAUCCUGACUUACCCCAACAAUAUCAACUAUUGUCAAUCUUAGGUGAAGGUGCUUUCUCAAUCGUCUAUAAAGCCAUUGAUAAAACCACAAACUCCAUCAUUGCCAUUAAAAUUAUCGAAAAAGUAAACCUAUCACCAAAACAAUUUAAUAAUAUUCAAAAUGAAAUCAUCAUUAUGAAUAAAUUAUCAAAUCAUGAUAAUAUCUUAUCAUUAAUAAAUUCAUAUAACACCCCAAACCAUUGUUUUUUAAUCCUUGAAUAUUGUAAUGGUGGUGAAAUCUUUAAUAAAAUCAUUGAAUAUACUUAUUUUUCCGAAAAUUUAUCUCGUCAUAUCUUUAAACAAUUAUUAUCUGCCAUUCAAUAUUUACAUGAUAAUAAUAUUGUUCAUAGAGAUAUAAAACCAGAAAAUUUAUUAUUUAAAACUAUCCCUCAUUUUAAUCAAUCAACUACUACAUUUCAUCAAAAUUUAAGAAAACUGGAUGAUGUUUCAAAAAUUGAUGAAGGAGAAUUUAAAAAUCAUAUUGGAGGUGGAUCAAUUGGCAUUAUUAAAUUAGCAGAUUUCGGUCUUGCCAAACAAUUAAUCAACCCCACCACCACUACAUCAUCAUCUUCAUCAUCAAAUCCAACUUCAACCAAUCUUAAUACUCCUUGUGGAACAGCAGGAUAUACCGCUCCAGAAAUAAUCACUUGUGGAACAUCUUCAAAGAAAAUAGCCCUUAAACAAAAGAAAAUAAGUUAUUCAAAAGCAGUUGAUAUUUGGUCCUUGGGUUGUUUCCUCUAUACCAUUCUUUGUGGAUUUCCUCCAUUCUAUGAUGAUGAUGCCAAUCAAUUAACUCAUAAAAUCAUCACGGGUAAUUAUACAUUUUUAAAACCAUGGUGGGAUGAAAUUAGUCAUGAUGCAAAAGAUUUAAUUUCCAAGAUGUUAGUUUGUGAUCCAAAUGUAAGAAUCACCAUUGAUCAAAUUUGGAAUCAUCCUUGGUUAAAUGAUGGUGAUGAAACUUAUUUUAAUAAUCAUAAAUAUGAAGUAUACCCAUUUGAACAACAAAAAGAAAAAGUUGUGUUGGAUGAUGAUGAUGAAAUUGUCAGUAGUACUUUAGCUGAUGCUAUUAGAAAAGUAUUUGACAAUCCUGCCAUGCAUCCUCGAUUAGUUACGGCUGAUGGGGUUAAUGAUAUUGCUGUACAGUUCAUUGAGAAUAUAAAUGAAGAUGUUGAUGAAGAAGAUGAAGACGAGGAUGACGAGGAAGAAGUGGAGGAUCCUCAUCAUGUCGACCAUACUUUCUCUAAUCAGCAUCAUUUAUCAUUGGAUAAUUAUGAUAAUUUAUCCAUCCCCAAAUCUCAUAAAGUUUAUCCAAAAUCACCAAAUCCAAAUCAAUUGAAUUUUAAAAAUGUAUUUAAAAUUGAUAAGAGUAAAUUACAUUUAUAUAAUGAUGAUGAUGAUGAAGAAGAUGAUGAUGACGAUGAUGAUGAAGAUAUUGAUCAAUUAACUAGUUUAACUAAGGAAUUCUCCAUCAAUCGUAGAAAUUCAUCCAAACAUCAAUCUCAAGAGACGACUACCACCACUACAAAUGCUACAACAGUGCCUCCACCUGCUCCUACUCGUAAAUUCUCAUUUGAAUUGGAUGAUGAAGAUUAUGAAUUAUCAUCAACCAUCUCCAAUUCAAAUUCUACCGGAUCUAAUUCAGAACCAGAUACAAUUCAAACCAGAUCUUCAUCCAUCAUAUCGGGUAUGAAUGGAGAUUUCAAGUUCACAUUAAAUCUUAAUGAUUCAAAUUUAUUAUCCAGAAGAAGAUCAUCAACAUUAUCGAGAAGUAGAAAUCAAUCUCAUCCUCAUAUUCAAACUUCUACCCCGGGGAAUUCAUCACCUACAUCUCCCAAUCCAAAUCUGAUUAUUAAAAGUACAACUUUAAUGAUCCUGGAUUCUAAUGAUGCCACUUCAUCUCCAAGUCUUUCUGGUAAUUCAAAUACUACCAUAAGUGCUAUACUCUGA